AUGAAUAGGAAGUCGGAGAAUAAUGCAGGUGCAUUUCUUGCCGCAUCGAAGCCGACCAAUCCGGUCGACAUCAUCGCACGCAAAUCAUCGGGGUUUGGCUCAGGUCAGACCCCGCCGUCUGCGACAUCGGCCAGGGGCCACGGAGAAAGUGCUGCCAUCAAGUCUCCGUGGGCAUCACAAGAGAGCAUACAAUCCUCAGUAAACAGUCUCCGCCGCAAUCCAGAGAACAAUUACUACCGACAACAUGCAUGUCGCGUAUCUCGACGAGUAUCAGUGCUGGAUGACACUCCCAAAUCAUACUGCCGUUCAAAACCGGAACGCCCGAACUCGCGAAGUCGCAGGUUCCUCGACAAGAUGAGAGCAAAGAUCCAGAUUCCGGUCGUCUUGUCUGGUUUGGGGAAUGAGCCGCAAGAAGUUAUUCCAAACAGUAACAGGGGUUUCUUCCUCCCAUCUCGGGCGCUUUUGCUUGCAGAGAGUCGCCGUGAGUAUCCUGAGAGAAGUUAUUAUGCCAUGAAGGGUAUGCAUUGUAAUUUGAAAACGGGGCCACAGGCCUCCGAUAUUUGUUGA